AUGGAGGUAUUUGGCAAAUCCACGGUAGUUGUUCCUACCAAUGUUGUUUAUUUGUCUAGUAUUCUUGGACAAGAUGAGCCUAACCCUGUCCACAAGUGUGACUGGAAGUGUGAAAAUGAACUUGUGUUUGGGAACAUGUAUCGUUGCAAGCUAACUGGUCUGAUGCACAUUUGUGACAAAAAUUGCAAUCAGAGAAUUGUAUACGAUAACCAUAGCUCCCUCUGCAGGGUGAGCAAACAGAUUUUUCCCCUAACAACAGUUGAGCAACAGGCUGUGAGAGGUAUCCGGAGGAAGUUUGAUGCAGAGAACUGUCCCCCCACUGAAAGCUGUGCCUUUAAGCGCAGAAGGGAUGCCCAGUAUCAACCCUCACCAUUUGAGCGGUCAUUUACUGCUGUCAGUCCCAUCUGCAGUCCGAUUGGAGAUGGCAUGGAUAUGAGCUAGAUGUUAUAAUUGCUAAUAAUGCAUCGGUCUCUCUCCUUAUGCACUUUCGUUCUCCUAGUUUAAGUUAGGGUCUAAAGAACCUAUUUUUAAUUACUACCAUGGCCGACCUAGUUGUCGUGCCUUUUUACUUCCUUUUUUAUGAGUAGCUCUAGUAAUGUCUUAAGACACUAAACUCUUGGAAAGUGUAUGUUGCUAUAUCCUGUUUAACUUACUAUGAAUGCUUGAGCUGCUGCAUUGUAUUGCAUUUAGCAGCUUGAAGUACGAUAAGACUCGGUUAUAUUAGAAUUAGUAUUUCUAUUUGAUGCUGUU